AUGAGUGGUGCUCUUUCUUUCCUUCAUCCUGGUGUCCUUACUGGAGACGAAACCAUGGAACUGUUCAGAUAUGCUCAGAAGAACGGAUUUGCUAUUCCUGCCGUGAACUGCACAAACACUGAUACCAUCAACGCUUGCCUGGAGGCUGCUGCUGCUAUCAACAGCCCCAUCAUCAUCCAGUUCUCGAAUGGAGGUGCUGCCUUCAUUUGCGGAAAGAGUGUGAAGAGCGACAAGCCUCAGGGUCAGGCCGUGCUCGGAUCCAUUGCCGGAGCCAAGUAUGUCCACUCUGUGGCUGCUGCUUACGGAGUGCCCGUUGUGCUGCACACUGACCACUGCGCCAAGAAGCUGCUUCCUUGGCUGGAUGGCUGCCUUGAUGCCGAUGAGGAGUACUUCAAGGAGACCGGCAAGGCUCUGUACUCUUCUCACAUGAUCGAUCUGUCCAUCGAGACCCUCGACGACAACCUUGCUCUGACCUCCAAGUAUCUGGAGCGUUGCAACAAGGUGGGCGUGCUUCUGGAGAUGGAGAUCGGUGUGACCGGAGGAGAGGAGGACGGAGUCGACAACAGCGGUGUUGAGAACUCUCGCCUGUACUCUCAGCCCGAGGAGAUCCUGAAGGUGUACACCACCCUCGGAAAGAUCACUCCUCGCUUCACCGUGGCUGCUGCCUUCGGAAACCUGCACCCUGAGAUCCUUCACAACGCUCAGAAGUACGUGAAGGAGCAGCUGAAGCUGGAGGACAACAAGCCCGUGAUGUUCGUGUUCCACGGAGGCAGCGGUUCUCUCCCUGAGGAGAUCGACUGCGCUGUGGCCGCCGGAGUCGUGAAGAUGAACGUGGAUACCGAUACCCAGUGGGCCUUCUGGAACGGAAUCCGCAACUACUACCUCAAGAACGAGGACUACCUCCAGAAGCAGGUCGGUACCUCGACUGAUCCCACUCAUCCCAACAAGAAGUUCUACGAUCCUCGUGUGUGGAUGAGAGAGGGAGAGAAGAGCAUGGUGGAGCGUAUUAAGGAAUCGUACAAGUGCCUCCAUGGUGAGAACCGUAACUAAACGGAGUCACAAAUUGUAGUUAUUUAUUAUUUUGUUC